UGUUUGAUGUAUGAAUCACAACUGUCAAUACCAUCAUGGCGGCAUUGACUCGCGCUGUGGUCUCAGCCCAGUGGCUAGCGGACGCAAUCAGAAACGGCCUCGUGGGUUCCAAGAUUCGGGUUCUGGACUCUUCAUGGUAUCUUCCGAUAACCAAACGGGACCCAAAAGCUGAGUUUGCGGAGAAGCAUAUUCCGGGUUCCUUGUUCUUCGACAUAGACGAGUGUAGUGACCAGAGUUCACCAUAUGGUCACAUGUUGCCCCAAAGCAGCCACUUUUCACGGUAUGUGGGCAACCUGGGCAUCGCCAACGAUACGCAUGUGGUCGUGUACGACACGAAUGACUUCGGCUCGUACAGCGCCCCCCGCGUCUGGUGGAUGUUCCGACUGUUCGGCCACAGUUCGGUGUCGUUGCUGGACGGGGGCAUGAAGAACUGGUUGGCCGAAGGACGCCCGGUGACGUCGGAACUAGUGAAACCGGAGCGUAGAGACUACCAGGCAAAUCCGAACCUUGCUUGGGUGAAGAGCUAUGAGGACAUUCUGGAUAACAUCAGCACCAAGAAGAUUCAGGUGGUGGACGCCAGGUCUGCGGGGAGAUACAGGGGGAUCGAACCCGAGCCCAGAAAAGACACGUUACCAGGCCAUUUUCCCGGCGCAAUCAACAUGCCAUUCACUUCCUUCCUGGAUGCCUCCGGAAAGUAUCUGUGCAAUGAGGACCUGUCCAGACUGUUCAAGGAAGCUGGGGUGAAAUUGGACCAGCCGCUGUGGGCCACCUGCGGGUCUGGCGUCACGGCAUGUCUCGUCGUUUUGGCUGCUCACCUGCUCGGGCACCCCGGUGUGUGCGUUUACGACGGUUCGUGGGCUGAGUGGUUUAAAAGAGCAUCUCCUGAGAAUGUCAUCUCAGAGGGAGAGGGAAAGAAGGUGUGAGGCAUCAGGAGGAAGCCAGUAAUAACUGAAAAAUAAAUAUGUCCCGAAUGAAUUCAUCUAUUGUAGUGUUGCACCGAUACCAUUUCUUGGUUCCCGAUGCCCAUUCUGACAAUUAGCUGUGUGGUAUCGGCUGAUACUGUAGCAAUACCGUUUUUUAAAAAAGGUAUAUUUUAUUUUUUAAAUACUAAAUUACUGCAUUCUGACUCGACUGUAAAGUAAUUGAUAUCACGGCUUAACUCAUUGUCUGCCAUUGAUUGCAGUAGACCAGUGUUUUUCAACCUUUUGUGAGUCACUGGCACGGCACGUUUUUACAUUCGAAAAAAUCUCGCGGCACACCACAUACCAAAAAUGCUCCAAAAUUACUUUCAGUACAGUAAUUUUCAUUAUAAAAUCAUUUUUAUACUUACUCAGUGUGAAACUUGAGCCUGUUUAGAUGAACACAAUGCCGAUAUCCUGGCAGGAAUCUUCUUCAACAGCUCUCAGUCGCUCUCUGUUUUUAUUUUUAUAUAGCAGUUAGGCUUGAAAAGCUCAGAAUGAUCAGACAGGGGUACUUUAGCAAUGUCUUUAACCGCAUAGGGGCCAAACAUCUAGGUGACAAUGGCUUUGCAGGCUGGUAGUAUUAAUGUCUCUGCUAUCGUGUGGGACUUUUUGGAUUUAGCAACAAGUUCAUCAACAAGGUACCGUAACUGAGGUCUUUCUCAUUGACCUUUGAAGUUUUUCUCAAAAAAGGUGCCUGUUUCUAUGUGUUUUCACGAAGGCUACUCCAUCGAGUUGUUCUGAAACGACGGGUGUUUCUAUGGAGAUGUUUAAGCUUGCUUGGCACCAUGGCACUGUUUGAUAGUUGCUCGGGUUUGUAGCCAUCAGCCACUUUGCUGUCCUCGACAAUAUGUUGGAAUAAAACAUGGGUGUGGAGGUGUGACAGUCGCCACAUACGGAUGAAAUGGGAAGGACACUUUCGUGUAUUUUGACACUUGAGGAGACUAAUCAAAUGAUGUACAAUAGACGUGCUGGGGUCCACAUUGUCGCGGACAGAAAGGUGGCUGAUGGCUAGAAAUCCGAGCAGUUCUUGAACGUGACACGAGCAAUACCUCACUCAUCUGCACACGACCGCAAUCUUCUACGUACUCCUUCCUUUCUACUGCAACUCCACCCAAUGAUGUUUGAAAAAAAAAAAAAAGCGCUAUUAGAUAAUUUCUCGCGGCACACCUGACAACCUCUCGGCACACCGGUUGAAAAACACUGCACGAGACAUCCAAUCCAUUUUAAGUGGGCGGGUGGCAGUGAGUGUACGAACGGUCACUCGCUGCCACCCUCCCAUUUCAAAUGAAUUGGACAUGUACUAAUGAUAAACUCAUUGAAAUUCACAGCAGAAGGUUGAUUGGACACCACACAAAUGGACAUCUAUCAUCUUGGGAAGCAUGGUGCAAAUCUGACGGCCACCUAGGGUAGGGCAACAAGCAGCUGGAAACUAGAUCUUGAUAUGUAUUUUACAGCAUUGGCAGACUAUUUCUUAGUGCUCCCCUAUACAGUUGACGUCAUUUUGGUACCGUAUCAGUAUUGGUGCAACACUAAUUAAUCUAUUAGUAACUGAUCUGCACAUUUAAAUUGUGUUAGAGCUUUGUUGCAGUGUCCAAUCAGGUCAGUGUUUACUCAAGUAUAGUUAAUGAUUGAACGUUACAAACGCCUGCUGAUAUAUGUCAGGACUCAUGACCCACCGAUCUUUUUCAGGCAGUUCAAGUUAAGUGACAAUCUUUCAUACCGACUUUACCGGUGGUUCAAAAACUAAGUGCACUUAUUGAUCAUAGGAAUGGUACUUAUCUAAACAUUUCAGUUUUAUCAUAUAAUUCCAUUUAAACCUUGUAAUGCUCAUGGGUCUUUUGUCAUUUUUCCACCAAUUCCAUUUAAACCUUGAAAUGUUCAUGAGUCUUUCUCAUUUUUCCCCCAGAAAAAAAAAAUAUUGAGCUUGUCUUUACAGGAGCCGAAAGUGAAAAAUAUUGGAGAAGCAGAAAUGCAUUUAUUAUUACAGUUUAUUUUAUUAAACAUGAUUUGAUGAUCCUCUUUCUACCGUCAUGUCUAAGAACUGUGCAAAAUGAGCAGUGUCAUUCCUAUAUAUAU